AUGCAAGAUAUAACAAGAAGAAGAAUUGAUAUGCAAUACUUUGAUGAAUUUAUUAAAUUACAUGAAAAACAUGCUAAACAAUUUGAUCCUCUCAUUCAGGAAUUACAAUUUGGAUCAAAACCACAACAUAAUGUUGAUAGAUUAUUGAGGAGGAAAGUAUCAGAAAUUAAUUAUGAUAAUUCAAAUCAACAAGAAGAUGCCAUUUCAUAUAUGAGUGGUGGUAUGAGUGGUGGUAUGAGUGAUAAUCAUAGAUUUAGUGUUUGUUCAGUGAAUGAUAAUGAAAUUAAUACUUCAACUGAAAUUACAGUUUCUUCACCAACAACUACAUCUUUAUUAGAUUCUUCUAAUAAUAAUAAUAAUAAUACAAUUAUUAAUGAAUAUUCUAAUGAUGAUAAUAAUGAUAAUAAUAAUAAUAAUAACACAACAGAUAAUAGUGCAGUACUUUAUCAUUCCAAUUCAACAUUAUCCAAUAAUUCAACAAGUGAUAAUAAUAAUUUAUUUUCAACCAUAACAGAACAACUUAUAAAAUUAAAUCCUAAUAGGGUAACACCACUUGUUAAAGAACAUGUAAUAGAAGAAAUAGGUAAUACUAAAUAUACAACAUUAGUAUUCAAUCCAUUAUAUGGAUUAAAAGAUUUACCUACUACUAGAAAAUAUAGAUUACAAUAUAUUGAUGAAUUUAAAGAUUGGAAUGAAUCAAGUGUUAAUGAUGAAUAUUCAAAUUUUUUAAAGAAUUUUUCAGACAAGUUUGGAAUUCCAAAUGAAAUUAACACAUCAUCAUCACCUUCUAGAUCUUCAAAUGCAGAUAAAUCUAAUCCAUAUAAUAAUAAUAAUAAUAAUAAUACUAAUACAACAACAACAACAGAAAAUGAUAAAAAGAGAAGAAGUUUAUUCUUUUGGAAAUAA